UGUUAAUGUUUUCUUUGUUUUGAUUUGUGCUAUAUUUUUUUGUGGCGUUUAUUGAGAUUGUUUAUGUGGUGGGAUCUGGUUUCAGAUCUCUUUUAUUGCUUUAUUUUGGUUUCUACUGAUUUUCACUUUCUUUAUUUCUUUUGGUUUAUCACGGGACUCGAGGUAAAAGUGAAAACCCAUCUGGGAUUUACUCGGGAUGUUUCUAGAUUUCAUAUUUUCUUUUAUUUAUAAUUUUUCAUGGUUUUAGAUCUGAUCAUCACUAGCUACGAAACAAAAAGAAGGUGGUGGUGUUGUACGAGGGUCAUUGAGGAUUUCUCUUUCUUUUCCUCUUUUUCAUGUUUAAAAAAUUUGGUUGGGUUGUUUUGAGCCGUGUUAUUAUAUUUUUGUUGAAAGUUUAUGGAAGCUUUUGCAAAAGUUCGAACUUUUAUUUGUCCUUAUUUAUCAUGUAGAGAACAGAUUUAAAAUUCCACAUGGUAUGCCGAAAGCUUUUGUUUGAAUUUGGAUUAAUCUUUGUGAAGCCAUUAUUCUUAAAUACUGUUUUUGGAUCAUUUAAUUGGACAACCAUUAAUCUUUCAACUUUAAGCUAAGAACGUAAGCUUGGAUUAUGAUUAUAUUCAAGUAAGAACACUUGAACUAUGCCUUUUUUCCUCUUCUGAUCACAACUUUUCCUUAGACUUUCAGAAUUUUUAUUGAAUAACUAAGCUAAGCUAGUUGCGGGUUUUCUUUUCAUAAUUAGUUUAUGUGAGCUACUUUGUUGAUUUGUUACUUGACUUUUUGGUGGUUUUUUGUCCUAAAGUUAGAGAAAGUGGUUCCCACGACAGACACAUGAUUGCGGAAUUUGACACAUUAAAGUCAAGGUUGUUUUCCACCUGUUCUGAUCUUGUUCCCGUGUCAUGUUUGCUUCAUCCUAUUGUUUAGAUUUUGGGUUACUCCCCAAGCUUCGCAUGCCUGUAAAAGUUGACUAAUUACUUGUUUAGAACUUGGACAGCCUUAACUAUGACCAAUUUAGUUAGAAAUUGAUGACUGUUAGAUUGCAGAUUUUUUUUUAUGGUGCUUGUUCUGUCAUUUUGAGUUGAGCAUCUGUAUGCCAAUUUUAUCUCUCUUUAUUGUUAGUUUUCUUUUCCAAAGUUUAGUCGAUUUUCCUUACCAACCUUGUUUUGGUGAGCAGGUUAGAUAGCAUUGUCCAAGUAGUAUAUGUUUGAAAACAAUAUUCACAGUAGCUUGAAUAGCUGUACAUCUUCCAUAUCGUACAAUCUAUGUGAAACAUGAGAAUUGGUAAUUACCUACUCUGCAUUCUUCAUCUCCAUUUACGUUUUGUUUUUCAUUGUUAGCUUAAGUUUGCAGUGUAUGUUUCUGUUUUUCUUGCAAGUAUUGUAAGGAGACUUGCUACUAUUUUAUCCCCCAUUUAGCAUUCAUUUUUACUUGCUGGAUGGAUUAUUUUAUCUGGAAAUAUACUUUGUCAUUUAAGUUUCCUUCUACUGUGGACAUUUCUAACGCUCAGAUUUCAGAUUUCACUGCCAUUAAAUAUGCUCCUUGCAGAGAGUGAACGUGUUUUUUUUGCAAUGGAGCCAUGAGCCACGAGCCUGAUUCUAGACCUGUUGAAUAUAAUGACAAUGCUCUGGAUUCCAUUGGACUCAAGUCUGGAAAUGGGUCUGUGAAGGAAAUUGAGAAUGGAAAGUUCAGUGAUUUGAACGGCAUGGAAGGUGAUGCAGAUCGAUUACCGAAUGUAGCACCAGUACCAUCUCCUCAUUCUUCACUGAAAAUGGAACCAUUCGAGGAGUCGGUUUUCUAUAUGGACAAGAGUGUUAUGGUACGUGAGGUGCCAGAGUUAAUAGUUUGUUACAAAGAGAAUACAUACCAUGUCAAGGACAUCUGUGUUGAUGAGGGAGUUCCUUUGCAGGACAAGUUCUUGUUUGACACAGAUGCACACAAGAAGAAUAUGUGUGAAUUCUUACCUUCUGAAAGGGACAUGAACAAUGAGAUGGUCAAAGAAAAGUCUGACCUUGAUAUGCUGAUUCCAGAAAUGCUGAAAUCUUCAUCAGAAAAACAAAAUGUGGAUCUUCAUUUGCCUGUUCCGGAUGUGCUUAUAUCUUCCGAAGAAAAGGGUUCGAAACAUGAUCUGUCCCUUGAUUGUGAUCCCAAACAUUUAAUGCCGACAGAGGAAGUAAUGGAUUAUGGGACAAAGAAGGUUACAGAUAAUGCUUCCAAAGAGAUUUUAUCACUGAGAGAUCUGCUUUCGAUGUCAGAAUUAGGUGCCAAGUGUACCCCAGCCAAUGCUUCCUAUCACAACAUGGAUAAAGUUGAACAACAAUCUCUUCUGUGCCCGAGGGAAAAUGCAAUAUUGGAGACAGAUUCUGCCAGUGAAGAAUCUGAACAUUGCGGCGAGGAAACAAUCUCGGACAAUGGCCUUGAGUCAGCAACCCUGGCAAUCCCUACCCAGGAUCCUGCAUAUCAAGAAGGAGACCAUGGCCACACGGAAGCAGUCUUGGUGAGUCCCACUCUUACUUCUGCAGCAGAAGAAUCGGAUAGCAAGGAAACAAAAUUGGCAAGCCAUGCUUUGGAUUCUUUUUCUGAAGGAUCGACCAGUAGGAUCGAGGAUGAGUUACCUUACAAUAGCAAGACAGAGACACGAAGCAUCAGUUUUGACAAUGAUUCUUCUGCUCCCGCUGCAAGUGCGAGAGAGUCUCCUCAGAAUGGUGAAUCUCAGCGUCUUGGGACUCGAAUUGUGUCCAGGUUUGAAGAUCCUAAUGCUGAACGGCUUUCAGGUGGUCAACUUCAAUAUGCUGAUGGAGAGUCAAGUUUCUCUUCAUCGGGUCCUUUAUUUGGCCUGACAAGUCACUCGGGCCCUAUUGCAUAUUCUGGUAGUGUCUCUCUUAGAUCGGAUAGCAGCACAACCAGCACCCGCUCUUUUGCCUUCCCCAUAUUACAGUCAGAAUGGAAUAGCAGUCCUGCAAGAAUGGCAAAAGCUGACCGAAGACAUUUCCAGAAACCUAGGAAGUGGAUGCAGGGCCUUCUUUGCUGUAGAUUCUGAAUUCCUCUGUUUUGUCCAUAGAUUGAAGUGAAAAGAUAUAUAUAGACACACACACACACACCAUUGAAAUAUUUAUUUUAUGGUUUAGUUAGUAGUACAGACAUGCAUCUUUCUCUUUCCUCCUCUGGCUUGGGGUGUGCUUGAAGCAGCUCUGUAUUAUCAGAAGUUCUGAGUUUGGGUUUCCUAUUACAGAUAGAUUGACAAAGGUGGGACUCGAAUAGGAGUUCUCGUCCCUCUUGCUUCUACAUUGGUGAGAUUUAUUAAGAUCCAAGUUUCACCUUUUUCGCA